AUGGGAAAAAGAAACAAUGUCACUGUGUUCGUUUUCUGGGGACUUUCUCAGAACCCAGUGGUCGAAGAAGUUUGUUUUGCUGUGUUUUCUUUCUUCUAUGCAAUUAUUCUUCUGGGAAACCUUCUCAUCAUGCUGACAGUACGUGUGGGCAACCUUUUCACAUCUCCAAUGUAUUUCUUUCUCAACUAUUUGUCUUUUGUCGACAUCUGUUAUUCCUCAGUAACAGCUCCCAAGAUGAUCGUUGACCUACUUGCCAAGAGUAAAACAAUCUCCUACGUGGGGUGCAUGUUGCAACUCUUUGGGGUACAUUUCUUUGGCUGUACUGAGAUCUUCAUCCUUACUGUAAUGGCCUAUGAUAGGUAUGUGGCCAUUUGUAAACCUUUACACUACAUGACCAUCAUGGACCGCAACAGAUGCAAUAAUUUGUUACUAGGGACAUGGGUAUGUGGGUUCAUACACUCCAUUAUCCAGGUGGCUUUGGUGGUCCAGCUACCCUUUUGUGGACCCAAUGAGAUUGACCACUACUUUUGCGAUGUCCACCCUGUGUUAAAACUGGCUUGUACGGACACCUAUGUGGUUGGUGUUGUUGUGACAGCUAACAGUGGGACCAUUGCUCUGGGAAGCUUUGUGAUCUUGUUAAUCUCCUACACUGUCAUCCUGGUGUCCCUGAGAAAGCAGUCAGCUGAGGGCAGGCGCAAGGCCCUCUCCACUUGUGGUGCUCACAUUGCUGUGGUCAUCAUCUUUUUUGGUCCUUGUACUUUCAUGUACAUGCGCCCCGAUACAACCUUUUCUGAGGAUAAGAUGGUAGCUGUAUUUUACACCAUCAUCACCCCCAUGUUAAAUCCCCUCAUUUAUACACUUAGAAAUGCAGAGGUGAAAAAUGCAAUGAAGAAACUAUGGGUUAAGAAGGUUUUCUGGGAUCCUAAUGGUAAAUAG